CUCUUCCCUCAAAACAGAGAUAACCUUAUCAAAGCCAUUAUGGCAUUAUCCAAAUUGGAGCCCCAAAGAGACACACAUGUGCUUGGAACAACACUGCCAUUGCUAAACCUCCAUUCAUGAACCAACAACUGAAACCAACUUUAAAGUUUUCAUUUUCCAUAUACAAAGUUUUCCAACUCAAACCCACCAAAAACAGAACAGAACAAAAGUAAAGUAUCUUCAAAUUCUGAGUUCAUUGAUGCUUGUGUGUGCUUCUUCUUCUUCUUGUAGUCCUUCACAUCAACCAUGGUCCUCUUCCAUUCCCACACUUCACUUGCUCCCAAAAUGCACAACCUCACAACACGUGAAACAACUUCAUGCACGAAUCACAACAACGGGUCUCAUAAAAAACACUUCUUUCACCACAAAGCUCGUUCUCACAUUCAUCUCUUCACCUCACGCGCCACUCGUGGAGUUUGCACGUUAUGUGUUCUUCAAGCACCACGCAACACAGGACCAACAUGGCGAUGACCCUUUUCUCUGGAACGCUGUUAUAAGGUCUUAUUCCCAUGGUGGGUGUGACCCAAGGGGUGCUUUGGUUGUGCUCUGUUUCAUGCAUGACAAUGGGGUCAAUUUGGACAAGUACUCGUUUUCACUUGCUCUCAAGGCUUGUUCCCAAGUAGGUUUGUUGAAGGAAGCAAUGCAAAUUUAUGGGUUGUUGUCAAAAACGUAUCUUUGUUCUGAUGUGUUCUUGCAAAAUUGCUUGGUUGGACUGUUUGUGAAGUGUGGCUGUGUUGAGCUUGCGCGCCAAGUGUUUGAUAGAAUGUCUGAACGAGACGCUGUUUCUUAUAACUCCAUGAUUGAUGGGUAUGUGAAGUGUGGGGUGGUUGAAAAGGCACGUGAGUUGUUUGAUGGAAUGCUAUUAGAUGAGAGGAACCUGAUUACUUGGAAUUCAAUGAUUGGAGGAUAUGUAAGGUGUGAGGAUGGGUUGGAUAUUGCUUGGAGUAUGUUUGAUGAAAUGCCUGAGAAAGACUUGGUUUCAUGGAACACUAUGAUUGGUGGGUGCGUGAAGCAUGCGAAAAUGGAGGAUGCUCAAGCAUUGUUUGAUGAGAUGCCUGAGAGAGAUUCGGUCAGUUGGGUUACUAUGAUUGAUGGUUAUGCGAAAUCGGGUAAUGUUGCUGCUGCAAGGAGCUUGUUUGAUGAGAUGCCAAGUAAAGGUGUUAUUUCUUGUAACUCCAUGAUGGCUGGCUAUGUUCAGAACGGUUAUUGCAUUGAGGCUUUGAAGCUGUUUCAUGAUAUGAGAAGGGCAACAAACAUGUUACCUGAUGAUACCACUUUGUUAAUUGUUCUUACAGCAAUUGCACAGUUAGGGCAAGUUGAAUUUGGUAUUGCAAUACACCGGUAUGUAAUAGACAACGGGCACUCUCUAAUUGGUAAACUCGGCGUUGCGCUAAUUGACAUGUACUCAAAGUGUGGCAGCAUAGAGGAAGCUAUCUCAGUAUUUGAGAACAUUGAAAGAAAAUGCGUAGAUCACUGGAAUGCUUUGAUUGGUGGGUUUGCGAUACAUGGAAUGGGCGAAAUGGCAUUCGAGUUUUUCAUGGAGAUGGAAAGGCUUUCUAUUACACCCGACAGUAUCACAUUCAUCGGAUUGUUGAGUGCUUGUGGACAUGCUGGCAUGUUGAAGGAAGGACUAAUAUGUUUUGAGCUUAUGCAGAAAGUGUAUAAUCUUGAACCUAGAGUGCAACACUAUGGAUGUAUAGUUGACAUGUUUAGCCGUGCAGGGAAAGUUGAACAAGCGAAGCAAUUCAUUGAGAUGAUGCCAAUUGAACCAAAUGAUGUAAUUUGGAAGACUUUGAUCAGUGCUUGUCAAAAUCAUCAGAAUUUCUCAAUAGGUGAGCCUGUAGCUAAGCAAUUGGUUCAGCUAAGUUCAUGUACUCCAAGUUAUGUGCUUUUAUCUAAUAUUUAUGCAAGUUUGGGCAUGUGGGAAAAUGUUAAAAGGGUUAGGACAGAGAUGAAAGAAAAGAAUUUGAUAAAGGUUCCUGGUUGUAGUUGGAUUGAACUAGAGGGAUGUGUUCACCAGUUUUCUGUACAUGAUAGGACACACCAUCAGGUUAGUGAGAUUUAUUCAUUGUUACGUAGUAUGUAAGUUUCUAAUUUGGAGCUAGUUCAAUUUGGAUAUUGAAUGUAUGCCUUAGAGGUAGUAUAUUUUAA